AAAAUGGCGCUUUUCGACACAUAUGUCACCUUCAGUUGGUCGUACGUGAAGUAAAAACUGUCUCACUGUUAUGGCGCGCUUUUUGGCACUUUCGGAUGCAAAUGUGACUUCUGCUCUAAGUCUUUCGUUUACUUUUUUGCAACUAUUUUUAGCGAUUAUUUUAGCUUUUACUGCUGGUCGCAAGCUUCCAUCGUUGGAGAAGUGGAUAAUUACAUGGUUGUUGUAUGAUGCGAUGACACAUUUUUCUCUGGAAGGACCAUUUGUGUACUUCUCUCUGACUGGAUCUGUUAACACUUCCAACCACAUUUUGGCUGAAUUGUGGAAGGAAUAUGGCAAAGCUGAUUCAAGGUGGCUACACUCUGAUCCAACGAUUGUUUCCUUGGAGAUUCUGACAGUUUUUCUCACAGGACCACUAGCUCUACUGUUGAUUUAUGCCAUCUCUUACAACACACACUACAGACAUUUUGUACAGAUCACUCUGUGUGUUUGUGAGCUGUAUGGAGGUUGGAUGACAUUUUGUCCUGAAUGGUUGGUGGGUAGUCCCAGUUUAGACACAAGCUCUGAUUUGUACCUGUGGUGCUAUUUAGUGUUUUUUAAUGGCCUCUGGGUGGUCAUUCCUUUUCUCCUUUUAUGGCAUUCUUGGAAGGAAAUGGAACAGCUGCAUUCUAGCAAAACAGCAGUAGCAAUUCAAAAGAAAAAGAAAUGAAAACCUGUAAUUCUGACUGUAGGUCGGCAAUAUUGAGCAUCGGCUAGCUUCAAGCAAGACUUGUUACAUACUAUGUUUCCCAUCAGUCUAUCAUACAAGACAUGGUUUCCUACAUGGCUAGUCAGUUCCUUUCAAUAAGCAGCUCAUCU